AUGUCCUCCCCCAGAGCUCGGUUGAGCAAUCUCGCCAACCACUUCCUCCACCCCGGCUCCACGACCUCGAGCCCUUCUACAAAUCAAAGCAAGAGCAUCGAUGACCUGACCAUUGAUGGACACAAAGUCGGCACGCCGUCCUGGUUCAACAACCAUACGUUGUCGCCUGCCUUCUUCCUGCCCCGUGCUGCCGCCAUCGAACCGGCCGCCCCGGCCAUCUAUCACCGCACCGCCAACAACAAGAUCCUGCGCCGAACCUAUAUCGAAUUUGCCGAUAGAGCCCGCGGUUUUGCUUACUAUCUGAAGAAGAAGGGGUACAAAAGAGUGGGCAUAUUAUGCACCAACACACCGGCCUUUCUUGAGGCCGUCUUUGGCAUUGGCGCGGCGGGUGCGGUCAAUAUCGCCAUCAAUUAUCGUCUGAAGCAAGACGACAUAGCAUAUAUAUUUGACCAUGCUGACGCCGAUGCCAUUGUCGUCGACGCUGAGUUCUUGCACCUGUUGGAUGACUUCAAGGCAAAGCAUCCCAACGUGCCCCUCAUUGUGGAUACGGACACGGAUGCGAUCGAAGGCCAGUUGUGUGGUCCCUUCGACGAAGCUGUUCUUGAAGGGUUGCAGUAUGACAUCUCGCAGGGUGCGCGCGGUUGGGAGGGCCUCGAGGCCCAAACCGCUGAUGAAUUUGCUGUCACGGCCUUGGCCUAUACCUCGGGCACCACCGCCCGGCCCAAAGGCGUCGAGUACACUCAUCGAGGUGGCUAUCUGGCCGCUCUAGCCAAUGUCGUCGAAUCCGGUCUCUCCUACCACGACGGCGAGCGUUGUAAAUACUUGUGGACACUGCCCAUGUUCCACGCCAUGGGGUGGACCUUCCCCUGGGCCGUUACCGCCGUGCGAGGCACACAUUACUGCUUGCGCAAGAUCGACUACCCGGAGAUUUGGCGCUUGCUGAAGGAAGAGGGCAUCACCCACUACUGCGCAGCUCCGACGGUCAACACUCUCCUCUGCGCAGACUCCAACGCCGCUAAGCUUGCCCAGCCAGUCCGGGUGACAGUGGCCGCCAGCCCGCCCACGGCACACUUGUUCGAGCAGAUGACCAACCUCAAUCUGCGUCCCGUCCAUGUGUACGGGUUGACAGAGACGUAUGGCCCCAUCACCAAAGGUUACAUUUUGCCAGAAUGGGACAACCUGCCUAAUGUCAAGGAUAAAUAUGCCAAGAUGGCCCGUCAGGGUCACGGCAUUGUCACCUCCCUGCCCGUUCGAGUUAUCAAGACCGACUUACCCGAAGGGACGAUUGUGGAUGUCGAGAAGAACGGUAAGGAGAUUGGCGAGAUUGUCUUCGUUGGGAACCUUUGCGCUCGGGGGUACUAUAAGGACGAGGCCGCUACGAGGAAGCUAUUCGCAGGCGGCGUCCUGCACUCAGGCGACCUGGCUGUCUGGCAUCCGGAUGGGGCUAUACAGAUCCUCGACAGAGCCAAAGACAUUAUUAUUUCUGGUGGCGAAAACAUUUCCUCUGUUGCUCUAGAAUCCAUCUUCGUCACACACCCCGAUAUCCUUGAAUGUGGUGUUGCGGCUGUUAGCGAUAGCCACUGGGGUGAGAGGCCCAAGGCGUUUAUCACCAUCAAGCCGGGGUCCAAAGUGACUGGCGAGGAUGUCAUCAAGUGGGCGAAGGACCAUCCAGGAAUAAGCCGGUUCAUGGUACCCCGCGAAGUAGAGAUUGUUCCCGAACUGCCCAAGACGAGCACAGGGAAGAUCCGAAAGAACAUUCUGCGGGAUUGGGCCAAAGGGAAAAGAGGAGAAGAUUAA